AUGGACAGAUUAACAUGGUAUCAACCGGGUGAAAGCUUAGAAGAUCUUCUAUGUCAAGCUGGACAUGUGGGCAUUUACGAAGGAGAUUUGAAACACACUGCGUUCGAGCAAGGCACAGCCUCAUUAACAUUGCAUCGAGUUAUAUGGGCAGAUUCAAGUGAUCCGGAUCGGCGCCUCAUUCUUCACCAUUCUCUGGUAAAAUCGACGGAAAGGCACCAUAAGUCGAUGUUUAGUCGUGGUGGCAAGAUAAUUGUCCGCCUUGAGCCAGCUCCACCGAAUAAUGUCGGACCGCAAAGAACGAGCUGCCACAAUUAUAUCCGUUUCGUGUUCCGCAAUGGCGGUGAAGACGAUUUUCACAGGAAAUACGAAGAGGCGCUGAAACGAAAAACAUGGCAGCGGUCAAGUUCCGGGUCGAGUUCUGGUGGUUCAAGAACCAGUCAGGGAAUUCAAAUGCGCCCUGUAGGCAUUGCGGGGCUUGAGAAAAGGCUUGCAGAAAACCAUCAGCGAACACAUGAGACAAUCAGUCAGGCAUUCGAAGAUAUGUCAAGGCUUAUGGAGACUGCUCGUGACAUGGUUAGCCUGUCGAAAAGUAUAGCAGAAAAGCUGCGCUCCCGGCGUGGAGAAAUUACGGAAGAUGAGACCAUCGCAUUCAAGUCAUAUCUAUUAUCGUUGGGAGUAUCAGAUCCUGUGACGAAAUCCGCUUAUGGUAGCGGAGCUGUUUAUUUCGAGAAGCUUGGAGAAGAGUUGUGUACAGUUCUAGCUGAGCCGCUGAAGGAAUGCGGUGGAAUGAUGACGUUGCCCGAAGUGUAUUGCCGAGUGAAUCGCGCUCGCGGCCUAGAACUGUUGUCGCCUGAGGAUUUACUGAAUGCUUGUCAAGCACUCAGCAGAAAACCAAGUUCACCAAUGGAACUGCAUCGAUUCGCUACCGGUGUCAUAGUGCUGCAGUUGAAAACAGCUUCAGUUGAGAGUAUGGUGGAAGCAACAGCAGAAUUCGUUAAGAAAAACGGCAGCGCCACCGCAAGUGAAUUGGCGACGAACGAGGGAAUCACAGUUAUUCUAGCGAAAGAAAGGCUACUAGCUGCUGAAGAACAAGCUGUAUUAUGUCGUGAUGACUCCACAGAGGGACUUAAGUUUUAUCCGAAUCGAUUUCUUGUGGAUGUCUAG